AUGCUGCCUGCUGCCGGCUGCCUUGCCGUCCUCGUGCUGCUCUUCUUCCAUGGUGGUUGCGCCGCCGACUCUCUGGACGACCUCAUGCUCCGGCACAGGAUCGCAGUGCAAGGGCCGUUUGUCCUCACCGAUGGGAACUUGGUGGAGGUGGAGGGAGGGAGGAUGAAAAUUCUUCUCGCCGAAGGAGCAGCAGAUGUCGAGCUGAAGUUUGUGUUGCUGAGCGAGGACGUGGCGCUGGAGGAGGUGGAAGGGGAGGACGAGCAGGGAGGGAGUGGGCUCGUUGAGAUCAUGCUGGGAGAGAGGAGACUUGCUGCACUGAAGGUUGUCAAGGUGAAGAGAAAGGAGGCAGGACCCGUUAGGCUCACAGUCGAUGCGCAGGGAGAAGGGAGGGGUACCUUCUACCGUGUGCUCAGGAGCCGGAUCGGGGCAGCGGGAGACAACGGAGGGGAGAAGGGGAGGGAGGAGAAGGUCACGGUCAGGCUGGUGCAGGGGCCGCGAAGUGUCGAGCUGACUAGCGUCUUGCUCCUCUUGGAGCAGCGCCAAGAGGAGCAGUCGAUCUGUCCAGCAGGGGAGGACGAGGAGGGGGAGCAGGAGGUAGAAGUUCAUGCCCAGGGGGGAGAGACAGGACGGGACAGGACGCCGGCAGCCUGCAGUGCGUUGUGUGGAGACUUUUCGACGCUGAUCCGAGAGCAAGAGGCUAGUUGA